AAAUCUUUUUCACACUUGCAUGGAACGCAUGCGCGCAGAGGACACCAACUGGUUUGUGUCAAGUCGGAGGCAGACGGAUGUGAUCGAGCUGAAAAUCACCUGUAUUCUGGCAUUCAUGGUGACACAUCCAUGGGCUCAGAGCGGGCGGAGAUGCGCAAGAGACAGAUGCAGGUUCACCAGGAAGCAGCUGCCAGUGUCCUCGAAGUGCACCACAAAAUGGGAAACACCCCCACCAACGCCUCAAACGCCUGUUGCUUCUGCUGGUGCUGUUGCUGUAGCUGUUCUUGCUUGACUGUUAGAGGUGAGGAAGAAACCACACAGAGAUCAACCUUUGAGCAGCGACCUGAGGAGAACUCUAAUUGUGAAGAAAGCCUGAAACCCAAUCUGGACGAAGCUCGUUCCUGGGCGGUGUCGUUUGAAAGGCUGAUGAAAAGUGCAGCUGGGCGAAGCUGCUUCAGGCAGUUCCUAAGGACGGAGUUCAGCGAAGAGAACAUGAUGUUCUGGCUCGCCUGCGAAGAGCUGAAAAAAGAAACCAAUAAGACUGUGGUUGAAGAGAAAGUCCGCCAAAUAUAUGAGGACUUCAUCUCUAUUCUUUCCCCUAAAGAGGUCAGCUUGGACUCCCGCGUGCGAGAGGUGAUAAACCGCAACAUGUUGGAGCCGACUUCGCACACGUUCGACGACGCUCAGCAGCAGAUCUACACUCUGAUGCAGAGAGACUCGUACCCUCGCUACAUAAACUCCUCUGCAUACACAGAUCUGCUGAAGAGCUUGGAGGAGCCUCCCCCUGAGCCAUAAAUCCCCUUCACUCCCACCCACACCGUUAGCUUUUCAGCGCAUGCAUAAGCCCCCCCCACCCUCGAAACACACACAUACUUUUAAAAACGGGAGCAGCUUUUUGUGUAAAAAGGUCAGAGACCUGUUAUUUAUAGAAAGACAGACAGACAGGAAAGUGAACGCAGCUGAAAGCCAGUCUUUAUCUAGAGGGUAGCUGCUGUUUAUUUCUGCGUGAUUAGUGGAUUUCCAAAUCCUUGACAGCAGCCGAGAACAAGGAUGCUACGUUCAGCAUCUGUUACUGUAAUCGUUUAGACAAAAAAAAAAAAAAAACAUAUCUAUAUUUUUAUACAUAUAUAAAUAUAUUCCCUAGCGCUUGACAUUGCACUUUUCUACCUUAUUUAAAGCGGGAAAGCAUGUAUCUGUGAGCACUGCAUUUGUAUUUAGGUAUAUUGUGAGCCUAAUGCAUAUUCAGUUCUUGUAGAAAACCUUUAGGUUUUAUUUAAAUGUACCUUAAGAAGAAAAGAAAGUGCCUUGGAACAACAUCUUCUACACAAGCACCUUUUAGUCUGACGUGAACGGUGCGACAUUGAGUUCACAUGUUGGUGCUUUCAGCUCUUCUCAAAGAAUAAAAAAAAGAAAAAGGUUUUUACAACUCGAGCUGAUACCCAGAAAUUUAUCUUGUCUCUGUGUUUCAAUACUGUGAUAUUAGUCAUAUAUUUGAUUUCAACAGAACAGGGAAAAAUAUGCUGAAUUCAUGACCUUAAACACUGAUAUAUUUAUGUAUGAUUAAAAAAAGGGGAAUUUGUGUGAAAUAGCUAUUUGAAUUCUUAUGAAUAAAAUAAAGCACAAUUGUAUGUUCUUGAUGACGUGAGCAUCAACCAAAUGUUAAGUGAUUUUAUUCUUAUUCCUAUUAGGUAGACCAGGUAAU